CAUAAGUGCCGGCGCAGCGGCUGCGCCGCCCAGAGGACGUACUUGGCGCAUCUGUUCCGAUGCAGUCAUCUGCCAAACCAGUUUGUCUGGCGCUCCUACUGGCGACCUCUUUGGUACAGGUGGCGCUCCUGUCAUGCUCAACCCUCCUCCUGCUUGACUGGUUGAGAAGAAGGGCCUGGAGCAAGUUCACACUCGCAGACAAGUGCACACAGGUGCAAGGGAGGUGACGCAGCCAGCAGAAGCAGGGGACGGCUCCGUACACACUUCGUUCUGCUUGUGUGCGUGUGUUGUGCAGGUCAGCGUGUGGCGAGGUGCAGGCGAUACUGACUCAGCAGACCUGCCCAGUGAUUGGUAAGUGAGCCCUGCAUCGCUACAAACAAAGAAGUCUCGAUCGCCCAUGUUUGCCUCUUUCUGUAUGCAGCACGAGUGGGAACCGUUCUGUUCACGCUGGCCCUUCGGCAAAGGUCGCCAUCGUCACGGCUGCAUUCGGGACCAAGCCACGUUAUCUGGAUGUGGUCUUCGAGAACCAACAAAUGUAUGUAUACGCUACAUUGAUUGACUUUCUCUCUACUGGAAACCAAUUCGUUGUCCGUGCGCAGGUAUGCUGAGCUUCACGGCUACAGAAGCAUCACAGUUGUCAACGAAAAUGUCACAGCGAAGUGAGUGAGAGCGACAAGCACCAUUGGAUGCGGGUUACGUAGGAUUUUGUGCUUGCUUGUCAGGAAUAGAGGUCAGUCACUUUGCGCUGGCGCUCAAUCCUGAAGGAAGCAUUCUCUCUUGUCCCAUUUCAGGCCGCUACAAGGCGAAGCUGCAGCUCGUGCGGCAGCUGCUGCUUGAGUCUCAGCACGAGUACGUCAUGUGGAAGGACAGCGACACGCUCUUCAUCGACUGUUCAAGGACGCUUGAGGCGGUGCUUCAUGAGCAUUAUUCCAAGGACGUCAUAUUCACGAAGGAUGUGACGGAAUGGUUGGUCAACACUGGGGUAAUGAUCUUCAAGAAUACACUGUUCUCGAGGACGUUUCUGGAGACCGUCUUGAAGGUGAUCAGACAGACGGACAGACAGACAGACCGAAACAAUUGCACAAGCCACAUGCUUCUAUUCGGCGUUCCUGAGGAUGUGCAGACAAUGGAGCGAAUGCCAGCACCGAAAGGUCCGGGAAUGCUGCCGGUACAAACAGAGCUUCUGUGGUCAUCGCGUCGAAUGCUGCCGGUUUCUGCGUGCGUCCUUUCAUUGCAGGGUGAGCAGGUGUAUGUCAAUUUUGCCCUGCUUGAUCGCUACUCACGCGAAGCGUGCAGAGGAGACAUGACGCCAUGCCUCGGAGAAUGCCACGGUAGCAAGUGGACAGAGCACGGCGCACGAAUUCACAUGUAUGCUGGCCCUUUGUAUCUGUGUGUCAGGUGAUGAUUGUCUUUCCCUCGUGGAUCCACAUGUCGCCCGACACAUCAGUAUCCUACCAAACCAUGCUCUGCAGACACAAAGGCCCUACAGGGUCGGCAAACACCACAGCCAGCACGUAUGUGUCAUGUUGGUGUCUCUUUUCUCUGUGCAGGCAAUCCCCCCACCCCAAGCGAUCCCCUUUCAGUGCCCCUGCUUGGCCUCGGACCACACAGGCGAGACAGCUACGGUGACAAGGAAUGCGACUGAGAUUGCUGAUCUGGGAAAAGGACGGCUCGUUGCGCGAAUCGCAGCGCCGCUGAGCACGACGGUUACAAGACCUAUGGGCAUCAAUGCUACGAAGUGGACUCCCCAACCCGAGGAGGCUUACAUUGAAGAGACGCCUGCCUUCAUCAUGCAUGUGGCGGGCGCUGCGAGCAAUGCGAGCAGGAGGCGGGUUCAGCUGAGGGGUCAGAUAAUUUUCUCUCACGCCACAUUCAGUAGCUGUUUUGCAAUGAAGCGGUGCAAUCAAAUCUGCAUUGCCGCCUCGUGAGAAAGGUGUUGGUGUUUUUCCAUUGGUCCGUCGGUCUUUUAUUGCUGUAUUGGUGAUAAGCUGCCAGAGGCAAUAAUUCAGUACGAUGUAGUCGUUGUAUAGCUGCGGUAGGUAGAAUUUUGUAGUGUAUGCAUUCAGAUUUAGGCUUGCGAAGCGCUGCAGAGACACAGCUUACGUUUUGUCCGGUAGACACUCUGCAUCAACGCACAUGGCGCUCAGUGUUUGCACCACACAUCAAGACAUCCUGAAUGUAAUAUCAU